CGAUCGAAAUUGGGUGUUUUUUUUUCAAAAAAGAAUUAUUUUGAUAAAAAACUCACAUAAUAUAUUUACAUAUAAGUCUUCUUCCCAUUUUCCACUUCCCUCUUAACUCUCGUUCUCCUCUUUUGUUUUCCACGUCCCAGAAAGCCUGAGUCAAACCUUGCACUGUGAGUCACUGCUCAGACGUGUCCGCUUUUGAUUUGCUAUGUGGGUGUGAUCGGAAAAUGUUGCGAAUAAAAGUCUGCCACGUUUCAAGCAGUAGUGUUCUUCAACGUCACAGUGCUGUACUUUAAGCCUCCGUCACAGAUCCACAUACACUCUGACUCUGUAGUCCGUCUGUACCGUCCGAAACUCUCUCCACUGCUCUACGGAAUGGCGGGAAGAGUGGUUAUGAUUUUAUCAAUCUUAAUUCUUCUUCCCUUCGUUGCCUUUUCCCUCUCCAAAGCCGACGAACCAGAAGAUCUCACUCUGCUCCAAUCCCAAGACCAAAACGACGUCGUAUCGCCUCCUCCAGAUCCAAACCGCUUCAACGGCGGCGGCGGCGGCGAUGACGAUGACCUAUCCGAUUCAGACGGUGCCGGCGGCGACGACGACUCGGAUCGCGAGGUGGUGGACGAGAAGGAUGUCGUGGUGUUGAAGGAGGCGAAUUUCAGCGAGUUCCUGGAGAGGAAUCCCUACGUGAUGGUUGAAUUCUAUGCGCCGUGGUGCGGCCAUUGCAAGGCUCUGGCGCCGGAGUAUGCGGAGGCGGCGACUGAGUUGAAGGGAGAGGCGGUGCUCGCCAAGGUUGAUGGUACGGAGGAGAGUGGGCUCAUGGACAAGUAUGAGGUGCAGGGGUUUCCGACUUUGUAUUUCUAUGCUGAUGGAGUUCAUAAGGCCUAUUCUGGACUGAGGACUAAAGAUGCUAUUGUGGCUUGGGUUAAGAAGAAGAUGGAGUCUGGCAUCCACAACAUAACAACAACAGUGGAGGCAGAAAGCAUAUUGACUACAGAAUCAAAAAUUGUUUUGGGGUUCCUGGACAGUUUAGAGGGUCCAGAGAGUCAGGAGUUGGCUGCUGCUUCAAGAUUGGAAGAUGAUGUCAACUUCUAUCAAACUGCUAGUCCAGAGGUGGCAAAGCUUUUCCACAUUGAUCAACAAGUCAAACGUCCUGCACUGGUAUUGCUAAAGAAGGAGGCUGAAAAAUUGAGCCACUUUGAUGGUCAGUUUAUCAAAUCGGCUAUAGCUGAGUUUGUAUUUGCAAACAAGCAUCCUUUGGUAAUCAUUUUUACUAAGGAAAGUUCUCGGCAGAUUUUCGAAAAUCCAAUUAAAAAACAGUUGUUGCUUUUUGCCACUUCAAAGGAUUCAGAGAAUGUUCUACCUCAAUUUCAAGAAGCAGCAAAAGCUUUCAAGGGAAAGCUUAUUUUUGUGUAUGUGGAAAUGGACAACAAGGAUGGUAAAUCAGUUGCAGAUUACUUUGGUGUAACUGGAGAUGCUCCAAGAGUUCUUGCAUACACAGGAAAUGAUGAUGCCAAGAAGUAUGUAUUGGAUGGUGAAUUAACCUUGACCAGUAUUAAGUCAUUUGGCGAAGAUUUCUUGGAAGACAAGCUUAAGCGUUUUUACAAGUCAGACCCAAUCCCAGAGACAAAUGACGGGGAUGUAAAAAUUGUUGUCGGUGAUAAUUUCGAUGAACUUGUUUUGGAUGAAUCAAAGGAUGUUCUUCUUGAGAUAUAUGAUCCCUCGUGUGGGUAUUGCCAAGCAUUGGAACCAACAUACAACAAGCUUGCCAAGUAUUUGAGAGGCAUUGAUUCACUUGUUAUAGCUAAGAUGGAUGGGACAAAAAAUGAGCACCCAAGAGCAAAGACUGAUGGGUUCCCUACAAUUCUUUUCUUCCCGGCUGGGAAUAAGAGCUUUGAUCCGAUCACUUUUGAUGGUGACCGUACUUUGGUGGCAUUCUAUAAGUUCCUUAAGAAGUAUGCAUCCAUCCCUUUCAAGCUCAAAAAACCAGCUUCAUACCAGAGCUCCAAGGGUGCUGAGGCCAAGGAUGGCAAUGAGAGCAAUAACAGUGUCAAGGAUGAAUUGUGAGAUCUGACCAGCAUUUUGUUGGAUUUGGUUAUUAGGUUUUGGAUACAGAAAACAACAGAGUAUAAAAAAGGCUUAGGCAAGGCAGAGUUCAAUUAUAUUAAUUGUAUUUUGUAACUUAAAUUCUCCUUCUUCCCCCCAUUCAAGAAUCCUGAGAAUGCCAUAAAAGUUUUUAUUCAUGUAAGAUGUUUAUAGAAGUGCGGUUAAGGGGUAAUGAA